CGAAUGUGGAUAAAAUGAUUUGGUUAUGAUGAUGGCCCGUGAGUGAGGCAUAUAAGAUUAGAAUCUGUUCUGACCACCCCUUUUUGUUCCUAUGAAUAAAGCUGAUUUCUGAAUCCCAAUUCCUUUUCUGGGUUUGUUUUGUCUCCAUGAUUCGAUUCACCCACACACUCCACCCAGCUUGCACCAAACCAUGAAUAAUCAAAGCCCAAUUACAGUCCCUCGACGCCGCCCAUGGCCUGGAUUGUUCGCGUCUUCUUCUUCUUCUUCUUCUUCCUCCAAAGCUUUGGGAACUUGGUUGGGUGAGGACGCCAAUUGCAUGGAACACUUGUUGGUUCACUGCGCCAACGCUAUUGAAUCCAACGACGCUACUCUCGCCCAACAAAUCCUUUGGGUCCUCAACAACAUUGCCACUCCUGAUGGCGACUCCAACCAACGCCUUGCCUCUGCUUUCCUACGCGCUCUUGUAACACGCGCUGCCAACAUUGGCAGCUGUAAAAUCCUCGCUGCCAUCACCACCGCAGCUACCUCCUCCUCCCUAACUACCCAAUCCUUCUCCCUUAUGGACCUCGCCGCCUUCGUCGACUUAACCCCCUGGCAUCGCUUCGGCUUCACGACUGCAAAUGCGGCGAUUCUCGACGCCAUCGAAGGCUACUCUGCCGUCCAUGUCGUCGAUUUCAGCUUGAUGCAUUGCAUGCAAAUCCCCACUCUCAUUGACGCGAUCGCUACUCGUUUCGAGUUCCCCCCUCUACUCAAACUCACCACGGUUGUCGUAAAACACACGCCGCCCAUUCUCGAGCUGUCUUACGAGGAAUUAGGAGCGAAAUUGGUGAAUUUUGCAAGGUCAAAAAACGUGAGAAUGGAAUAUAGAUUUGUGGAGUCUUGCUACACCGAUGGAUUUUCCAAUUUAAUCCAAGAAAUUCGAGUGCAAAAUUUAAUUUACGGACCCGAAAGUAAGGAAGCGCUGAUUUUAAACUGUCACAUGAUGCUCCAUUACAUCCCUGAAGAGACAUUAAACCCAAACCCAUCUCCCAAUUUCGACAUGUUGUCUUCAACUCGUUCGAUGUUUCUCAAGGAAAUCCGAAGCUUAGAGCCAGCGAUUGUGAUUCUAGUCGAUGAGGAAGCCGAUUUCACGGCGAGUAAAAUGGUGAGUCGAUUGAGAUCGGCGUUUAAUUACUUAUGGAUACCGUACGACUCGAUGGAUUCGAUUCUUCCUAGGAACAGCAAGCACAGGGAAUGGUACGAGGCCGGGAUUUGUCGGAAGAUUCAGAAUGUGAUUGCUGAGGAGGGGAUUGAGAGAGUGGAACGAUUGGAGCCGAAGACGCGGUGGGUUCAACGGAUGGUGAACUCCAAAUUCCGAGGGGUUGGGUUCGGAGAGGACGCGGUUUCGGAGGUGAAGACGAUGCUCGAUGAGCAUGCAGCAGGAUGGGGGUUGAAGAAGGAAGACAACCACCUCCUCCUCACGUGGAAAGGCCACGACGUCGUUUUCGCCACGGCUUGGGUACCUUACUAACUAAUUUAACCGCUGAUUCAGUAUUUUCAAAUUAGGGUUUAGGGUUUGAGUUUGAUUUAGGUUUAUUAGAGAGUUAAAGAGGAAGAUAUCGAAUUGAUCCUCAAAAAAAAAAUUUGGAGUCCA